AUGCCUUGGGCAAUCACCAGUUCUAAGAGGAAGAAAGAUACAACUACUCCGGUUUCUCGCAAGCGCCAUCGUCCUUCAUCGACACGCACCUCUUUCAACUCCCUGUCCCGAAGUCAAGGGACCUUGACGCAGGCACGAUGGAUGACACCCGCUGCUCCCAGUUUUCUCGACGACGAACCGUUCCUCGAGCCCAGUCGCCCACGUACCCUCCCCCCAACAGCCAGAUCUCGUUCCCUUAAGAAACGCGACUCCACCUUGACCCAGAUGGAUUUCUUCAGUUCGAUGCCACAGCACCAAGAAGACAUGGAUGAUGGCCUGCUUUCAGAGACUGAGAACGCUCCUGUAGAGCAUACUGGUCAUUCUGCACAGGUCGAUGGGAACUACAGCAGUCCUCGGAAACCGCGGAAACCUAAACAUUCUUUGACAUCGUCACAUCAGAAGAACCGCGGCUCGGUCAGGUUUGAGAGCGAACAGAACAAUCCAAGCAGCCGACGAAAUUCAGGUCACCUUCCAGACGUCGAAGCUGGGUCAAACUCAAGAAGAGUCUCCAGUCGAGUGGCGCGGAACCAGACAAUCUUGUCCGAUCCCCAGGAAAACUUGGCCUUUUUCGAGGAAGCACUGGAAACCCCACCCAAACAAGGAGAUUCACAUCGCAAUUCUCGUCCAGUCCUUGAGAUUCGAGACUCAUUGGAGGACGAAGACGAUGUAAGUUUAUUGCCACCCGAAGAGGAAGAAGCUCCACCUAUACGUACACCAACUGCAAUGCGAACAAUCGUGCUAUCCAGCCAAUCCCCAGAGAGUUUGCCGCCGUCAGUACGGACAGUAAAUCGUGUGGGAAGCUCGAAUCAAGCCAACCGGAGCCCUCUUGCGGAAAGGUCAAGAAAUCUAUCACCCAAGACUCCUUCUAAGUCUUUUGCAAGGAAACAUUCCGCGGUACCGGAAACGAAAAUAGUCACUCUAAAGUUGCCAAAACGAAAGCCACAGCCAUCUCGUGUUGAAGAUUCGCAAAAGAAUCUUUGGUCAUUGCCGUCGUCGUCUCCAGAGCAGACAAGACAUAGCAAUACGACCGCACUUUCUCAGCCUCCUCGUCCUUUGGGUAAUCUUCCAGAGAUACCGGAUUCGAGCCAAGCCGAUAUUCUCACAUGGACCCCCCCGGCUUCGAAUGUAGAGGCAAGCUUACCUAGCAUUCGCGAUAUAUUUGGUUUGAACGCCUCUUUGACUAGUCAGCACACUCCGAUUGAGCUUGUCCUGAAUCAUGGCUCGCCGCACUCAAUUACCCAGGAUGAUGAUGAAGUGAUCCAAGGCUCGCAAGAUGAAUGGAUUGGCUCACCAAUAGAGGCACAAGAGAACGAGCCAUCCUACAGAAGCCCUCCACCUCUCAAAGAAACACCCGCCACCUCACGCAGGGUGCAGCGACCUUCAAAAGAAGUCUUGGUCAGGGAUUUGGAAGCCAACAAUGAACCCACAUGUGAAGCCGAGUUGAGACAUGAAAGAACCACUGAGGUACAGGGUGGAUUUGCAAUCCCCCAGCCACGGCUUGUUGAGAAAGCCACAUCUAUUGAUGCUGAUGCAGCAAAUAAUCAGGAUAGAAGCCUUGAUGAUUUCGCACUGCCUCCACCACCGUCGAUGCAUCGAAGAAAUACUCAGACAACAACGACCCGAAUUCCCCUGAACGACGUAUCUAGCGUUGAGACGUCAUCGCAAUCAUUACCUUCGGCAGCCAACAUUACCCAAAGAAGUAUUUAUCCGGCAACAAUGCCUCACCCUUCACAAAUAUCCACACAAGAUGCCACUCAAGGAGUGUUUGGACUUUCAUCGUGUCCACGCCCGACACAGUACACUCAACAUGGCGAAGGCAUCAGCCACAGUCUGACAUUAAUUGAUAAGAUCACAAUCAAGGACUCGAGUUCAUGUCAAGUGUCGAUGAGCCAGAUCCCUGAGCAACCAGCAUCUCAGAGCCAAGCUGCCGUCGAUCUCGGGCUAGAUGAGGUCUUCAAUAGUGAAGAUGAAGGUGAUCUUGACUUGGAUCCACCGACGACUCCAGCACCACCACGACAUUCACCUUGUCAGGAUUUGAGCGAUGUGCAAAUUGAACAAACUCCAACCAAGGAACAAGACCUGGUCAAGAACCCACCAACCGAGAAUGGGAAUGAUAUCGACAUCGAUAUCGACAUCGACGAGCUAGGAAGAGAUUGCCCAUCCGUCGAGCGACCUGAACCAGGACAACUGAUCCGAUCAAGUCAAAUCUCGCUUUCACCCAUCUUAUCCUCACAACCAUCACCACCGAAGAAGAAAUAUCCUCCAUUGAAGGGGUUCGACAACGACACACAAUCCAACUUCACUCAGAACGGCCACGUCACAGCAGCAUAUAUCCAUCGUCAGCGCGAGGCAGGAGUUCUGCCGGAUUGGUACACGCCGGCGCCAAUCUCGAUGGGUUGGGGGGAGGGCUUGCUUGCCCACGUGGGAGAUUCUGGGGGAGGAGAGUAG